AAAAACGCGACUUCCAUCCAUCUCGACACUCCAACAUGUCACACAACACCGCGACUCCACACUCACAACCUCUACACCCUCUUCCUGCGCUAACAUCGAGGCGAUGAGGUGAUGCUAUGGUCUCGUUGUCCACUGCCGCGAUCGUCCUGUUCUUCAAGGUUCCGACGUGAUCCCGCCCGCGUCAUCCUCUUCCUCAAGUCCGUACCUCUUCCCGAGCCUCCCAUCUCAUCUCGAGACCCGCGAAACCUGUUCAAAUCCUGGUUUCCGCCACAAACUGGUCGCUUGAGAACCGGCAAAAUGCCUCCCAAACAGGCUACCCUCGGCAAGUUCUUCGGGAACCCGAAUGGCGCGAAAGUAGCCGCUCCACAGCAAUCGAAGUUGAAGUUCUCUUCGAAAGCGAGUGCCGCGCAAGACAAGGAGAAUGAAGAAGUAGAGUCAUCGCCCGCCGUUGCCGCAGCCUCCGCCUCCCCAGCCUCCAAUGGCAUCGCCACCCCCACUGUCAACGGGGACGUCAAGAUGGAGGAAGGAACGCCUGUGAAGAAAGCAGAGACACCCGAGCCGACCGAUGUCACGAUCGAGCCUGCUUCUGCGAGCUCUUCCAAGAAACGCGCCGCUUCUGCGGAGCCAAGCGAGCAGGACGAGGACGAUGAUGAGCCACCAACCAAGAAACAGCGGGGCCGCGGCCCCAAGAAGGGUGUUGCUGUGAAGAAGACGAGCAAGAAGUCGGAUAUCAAGCCUACACCAGUCAAGGAAGAGGACGAUGAUGAUAUGGAUGUUGAUGAUUCUCCUGAGCCGUUGACGAAGGCUACAAAGGCUGGAUCACCAGUCGUCAAGCAAGAGCCUCCCGCUAAAGUGAACAAGGCCGCUGCGAAAUCACCAAAGCCAACCAAGUCUUCGAAGGACAUCGAACAUGCUGCUGCUCGGGAGGUGGAAGAGGUGAAAGCAAAGAACAAGUCGGACACAGAUGCCGAGAUCUCAGAGGAGGACGAGGAAGACGAAACGCCCGAGAUCGCAGCCAAAGCACGCGAAAAGGUGCAAACCACACUCAAGUCGGCCGGAAAAGAGCCAUAUCCCGACUGGAAAGCUGGUGAGCCCGUGCCGUACGCAGCGCUCUGCACGACCUUUUCCAAGAUCGAACUCACGACCAAACGAUUGGAAAUCCUGGCGCACUGCUCGCUCUUCCUGCGCCAAGUCCUUCGCCUCACCCCGAACGAUCUACUUCCCACGGUGCUGCUCAUGAUCGGCAAGCUGGCAGCAGACUAUGCCGGUGUCGAAUUGGGAAUCGGCGAAUCGCUAAUCAUGAAGGCGAUUGGCGAGACUACUGGCCGCAACCUGAAGAUUAUCAAGGACGAUCAAAACAAGAUUGGCGACCUUGGACUUGUCGCUGCGAAGAGCAGGUCGAAUCAGCCCACCAUGUUCAAGCCGAAGCCCUUGACCGUGCGUGGCGUGCAUGAAGGGCUGAUGAAGAUUGCCACGACAGAAGGUCAGGGCGCCCAGGGCCGGAAAGUUGAUGGCAUCAAGAAGUUGCUCUCUGCUGCCGACACCAAUCUGGCCAAGGGACAAACCGUUGACAUCACCCAAGACAAAGGUGGUCCGAGUGAAGCCAAGUUCAUCAUUCGUGCUCUGGAAGGGAAAAUGAGACUUGGUCUCGCCGACAAGAACCUUCAGGUUGCGCUUGCGCAUGCGAUGGUCGCCCAUGCAGUGGCCGAGGACGGGAAGAAGGUGCCCAGCGAAGCGGAGCUCAAAAAGGGCGAAGAGGUCUUCAAGGCGGUGUACAACGAGCUGCCGAGCUACGAGGUUAUCGUUCCCGCUUUGUUGAAGGACGGCAUUUGGAAACUGCGCGAGGCGUGCAAGCUGCAGCCCGGCGUUCCGCUCAAACCCAUGCUCGCCAAACCCACAAAGUCGAUUGGUGAGGUGCUGGACCGAUUCGAGGGCAAGGACUUCACGUGUGAGUACAAGUACGAUGGCGAGCGCGCACAGAUCCACUUCGUCGCCCACGAAUCCGACCAGGAUUUUGCUACCACCGUAGUGCCAUCCGCUGGAAAGUCGGAGCGCGGCGUGUCCAACAUCUUCAGCCGCAACAGCGAAGACCUGAGCAAGAAAUACCCCGACAUCCUCGCCAAAUUGCCUACGUGGGUAAAGCAAGGCACGAAGAGCUUUGUUCUUGACUGCGAGACUGUUGCGUGGGAUACUGAAAAGAAGCAUGUUCUGCCUUUCCAACAACUCAUGACGCGCAAGAGGAAAGACGUGAGCGAGGAGAACAUCAAAGUCAAAGUGUGUGUCUUCGCGUUCGAUCUGCUCUUCCUCAACGGCGAAGCACUCGUCAACAAGUCUCUUCGCGAGCGCCGCGAUCAUAUGUACGACGCUUUCCAGGAGGUGGAGGGCGAAUUCUCCUUUGCAAAAUACGGCAACUCUCGCGAGAUUGAAGAGAUUGAGAUCUUGCUCGAAGACUCGAUCAAGGCGUCUUGUGAAGGAUUGAUGGUCAAGAUGCUAGACGGCGUCGAGUCGCACUACGAGCCCUCUCGCCGCUCUCAAAACUGGCUGAAGAUCAAAAAGGACUACCUCUCUGGCGCCGGCGACUCUCUUGAUCUCGUGGUGCUAGGCGCAUACUACGGCAAAGGCAAGAGAACAUCGGUCUACGGCGCCUUCCAUCUCGCCUGCUACAAUCAGAGUUCCGAGAUGUACGAAACAGUGUGCAACAUCGGGACCGGCUUCUCGGAGGCCCUGCUCGCAGAGCUGCACGAAGCGCUCUCACCCCUCGUCAUCGACCGCGCGAAGCCCUUCUACGAUCACUCGACAGGCAAGAACGAUCAGCCGGAUGUGUGGUUCGAGCCGCGUUUUGUGUGGGAGGUCAAGACGGCGGACCUGACGUUGAGUCCGCGCUACCGUGCUGCGGCGUCGGAAUUCGGAGGCGACGGCGUGCACAAGGGCGUCAGUCUGCGUUUUCCGCGCUUCAUUCGUGUGCGCGAUGACAAGAAGCCGGAUGCAGCGACGAGUAGUCGGCAGGUGGCGGAGAUGUAUCGCAAGCAGGAGCAUGUGGGCAAGGAUAAGAAGCCGGCGGUGGAUGAUGAUUUCGAGUAUUAGACGUGGCUGGACGAGUUGUGGUCGAUCACGACAUGGGGUCCUGACAUGAUGUCGCAAGGCUUUGUAGACUCUCUAGCUUCGGAUUCGGCGGUGAGCGGCGCUGAAAUUUGCUAAGCAUGACUCCAAUCUCACCAACGAGUAACUACAUUGAUCGA